AAAACAAUGAAAAAGGGGCGAACCACCUGAAACACUCUCUGACCUUCAAUACAAAUCAGUGUGUAGCGUUCGUUUCCUGUCUCUCAAACAGAGUGAUUCACCGCCACCGCGAGUCUCCGCCACCGUUCGCCGAGAUUUUUCCCCAUUCACCAAGAUGGCUGGAGUUUUAGGAUUUGCAAGGCUUCCACCCAAGGCAAAGAAUUUCGUAGUUGCCGGGGGUUUGACAGCAUUUGUCUUCGGGACCUACUUCUACACCAUGAGAGCUGUUGGAGGUACUGAUGAGCUGCAAGUAGCAAUUGACAAGUUUGAAGCUGACAAGAGCAAGCAAGAGGGUAAUCCAAGCGUGCCAUCAAAGGUCUAGACAUGUUUUCUUGUGGAACAAAAACAAUACUUUGUGUGUAUGUUGCUUUUCAGCAUCAGAAGAAAAAAAUAUUUUCAAUCUAGUGCAUAAUAAGUUCAACCAGUUUUGUGUACAAAAACUGUGGUAGGGAAAUUACAAUUGAAGUUCUUUUUUAGCCUUGCUGAGAUAUUUUGUUGGCAACACAAAUCUUGGAUCAUU